AGCGCUGUAAGACAUACCUCUGGGCCUGGGAGGCGUUGAGAAAAAGGAAGCGGAUCCUGUUCUGGUUCUUGCGACUGUAGUCACCGCCCGAAGCAAAUGACCACUGUCCUGAGAGAACGUGGGUGAGGGGCAGGUGAAUAGAGGGAUGGCAGCAUCUGUGGACUGAGCAAGAAGAAUCUCUGAUGUCUGUCGUGAGCCCUCCGAUCUCUGCCCCUUUGUCCGAAGAGCCAAAAAUGACCAAGACCCUGGAAUCAGUGUCAUUCAAGGACGUAACUGUAGACUUCAGUAGGGAUGAGUGGCAACAAUUAGACCUUGCUCAGAAAAGCCUGUACAGAGAAGUGAUGCUGGAAAACUAUUUCAACUUGAUCUCAGUGGGAUGUCAAGUUCCCAAACCAGAAGUCAUCUUCAGCUUGGAACAAGAAGAGCCAUGUAUGCUGGAUGGUGAGAUCUCCGGACAGAGCCGUCCAGCCCCAUCUGGACCUGCUUGGAGCUGUCCCCAGAAAGCCUCAUUAUAUGGGGACGUUGGUUUUGGACCUUUACAACAGAGAAUGUCUGAAGAAGUUUCUUUCCAGUCUGAGAUUAAUAUUAAUCUCUCCAAAAGAGAUGACCCAUAUUCCAUUUUAGAAGAAUUGUGGAAAGAUGAUGAACACACAAGAAAAUGUGGAGAAAACCAGAACAAACCUUUAAGUCAUGUUGCCUUCAUUAACAAGAAAACACUAGCUAACGACAGGGUCUGUGAAUAUAAGGACAUUGGGGAAAUAGUUCAUGUAAACACACACCUGGUUUCCUCAAGAAAAAGACUCCAUAACUGUAACUCAUUUGGAAAGAAUUUGGAGCCUAUUGUAACCUUAUAUAAUAGAAACAAUGCAACAGAAAAUUCUGAUAAGACUAUUGGAGAUGGUGAUAUUUUCACUCAUAUGAAUUCUCAUACAGAAGUGACUGCUUGUGAAUGUAAUCAGUGUAGGAAAUCUCUGCAUCAUAAGCAAGCUCUCAUUCAACAUCAGAAAAUUCAUACUAGAGACAGCCUCUAUUUGUUCUCUGACUAUGUAAAUGUUUUCUCCCCGAAGUCACAUGCCUUUGCACAUGAGAGCAUUUGUACUGAAGAAAAGCAGCAUGAAUGCCAUGAAUGUGGGGCAGUCUUCACUCGGAAGUCCCAGCUUGAUGGCCGUCAGAGGGUUUAUGCAGCAAUAUGCACUGAAUAUGAGAAGGAUUUUUCCCUCAAGUCAAACCGUCAGAAAACUCCUGAGGGGAAUUACUAUAAAUGCAGUGACUAUGGAAGAGCCUUUAUCCAGAAGUCAGAUCUGUUCAGAUGCCAGAGAAUUCAUUCUGGAGAAAAACCCUAUGAGUACAGUGAAUGUGAGAAAAACCUCUCUCAGAAUUCAAACGUUAAUAUACAUAAAAAAAUUCAUACUGGAGAGAAACACUUUGAAUGUACUGAAUGUGGAAAAGCUUUCACAAGGAAAUCAACACUAAGUAUGCAUCAGAAAAUCCAUACAGGAGAAAAACCUUAUGUAUGUACUGAAUGUGGGAAGGCCUUUAUCCGGAAGUCACAUUUUAUCACACAUGAAAGAAUUCAUACUGGAGAAAAACCCUAUGAAUGCAGUGACUGUGGGAAAUCCUUUAUUAAAAAAUCACAACUCCAUGUGCAUCAGCGAAUUCACACAGGAGAGAAUCCCUUUAUAUGUUCAGAAUGUGGGAAGGUCUUCACUCACAAGACAAAUCUCAUUAUACACCAGAAAAUCCACACAGGAGAAAGACCCUAUAUAUGUACUGUAUGUGGUAAGGCCUUUACUGACAGGUCAAAUCUCAUUAAGCACCAAAAAAUUCAUACUGGAGAGAAACCUUAUAAAUGCAGUGACUGUGGAAAAUCAUUCACCUGGAAGUCACGGCUCAGGAUACAUCAGAAGUGUCAUACGGGAGAGAGACAUUACGAAUGCAGUGAAUGUGGGAAAGCCUUCAUUCAGAAGUCAACACUAAGUAUGCACCAGAGAAUUCAUAGAGGGGAAAAACCAUAUGUUUGCACUGAAUGUGGUAAGGCCUUCUUCCACAAAUCCCAUUUUAUUACACAUGAGAGAAUUCAUACUGGAGAGAAACCCUAUGAAUGCAGUAUUUGUGGGAAAUCCUUCACUAAGAAAUCACAACUCCACGUACAUCAGCAGAUUCACACAGGAGAGAAACCCUAUAGAUGUGCUGAGUGUGGAAAGGCUUUUACUGACAGAUCAAAUCUUUUUACACACCAGAAAAUUCACACUGGAGAGAAACCUUAUAAAUGUAGUGACUGUGGGAAAGCCUUCACUCGGAAGUCAGGUCUCCACAUACAUCAGCAAUCCCAUACUGGAGAAAGGCAUUAUGAGUGCAGUGAAUGUGGGAAAGCCUUUGCAAGAAAAUCAACACUAAUUAUGCAUCAGAGAAUUCAUACCGGAGAGAAACCCUAUAUUUGUACUGAAUGUGGGAAAUCCUUCAUCCAGAAGUCACACUUAAAUAGACACAGGAGAAUUCAUACUGGAGAGAAACCCUAUGAAUGCAGUGACUGUGGGAAGUCUUUCAUUAAGAAAUCACAACUCCAUGAGCAUCAUCGAAUUCACACAGGAGAGAAACCGUAUAUAUGUGAUGAGUGUGGAAAGGCCUUCACCAUCAGAUCAAAUCUUAUUAAACACCAGAAAAUUCAUACUAAACAGAAACCCUAUAAGUGCAGUGACUUCAGGAAAGCCUUAAACUGGAAGCCACAACUCAGUAUGCCUCAGAAAUCUGACACUGGGGAAGUAGAGUGCUCAAUGCCACAAUUGUGGUGUGGGGACUCAGGAGGUGACCAAGGCCAACUUUCUUCUAUCUAGUUAGAAUUAUGAACAUCUGGAUCAUAUAGCUGAUGUGCAGUUACGCGUAUGGGGAGACACUUUUGAGAGUGUUAAGCAUUGUAUAGUGGCCAUCUUUGAUUAUUUGAUACUGGUAUUGUCAAGCUCCUGCAAAUAAUAGUAAAUGUGCAAGGAGA